AUGGCAGCGCCGGCCAAUGACCCGCCAGCUCUCAAGGGCGCAGACCCUAUCAUCCAUAGUGAAGAUUCAAACGGUCAAUGCCAGGAUGCCUAUGGUCCAGGCUCCCCUCGCCCAUCAAUACGUACAGACGCGGACUGGGUCCUGUGGCAGCAAGUACUGGAGUCGGCAAAAGCCGUGUGCCUUGGUUCUACGACCUCACAAUACGGACCGCCUACGCAGCAGGAUCAAGAGGCACCUGCCAGUGAUGGAGAUGCACAAGUUCUAGUGCUAGACGAGGUCAACAGGCUCGUAGCGCCCGACAACGUGUACAGGCGGCGUCGUGCACCAGGGCUCGAAUGGCGGAGCAAGGUAGAGUGCGAGGGUUCCAACGCUCUGGUCUUCUUCGGCGUUCUGCGCGAAAAUAUCCUCCUCUUCGUCGACUUGUGUCAGCUCAGCUUGGGCACGAAUACCGAGGGUCCCGACCUUUUCAACGACACUGCGAUGGACAGUGGUGACGAGCCGCCCACGAAUCAGAAACGCGAGGGAAAUACAUUGAAAAAUCGCCUCGCGCGCUUGCAAGCCCAGAUUCAUCACCACGAUGCUUCCUUUGCGCCAGGUUGCGAACCCUACAACGAGUACUUCACCGACGCGAUCGACUACCUCACGACAACCCUGGUCGAUGUGUUACCAGAGCCCGCUGACGACUACCGCAUGAAGCCAAUUCUAAUUGCUCUGUGGAACCGCAGGGCGCGAAUCCGCGAGCGUCUGGCGGUAUCGCAGACAUUUGAGGACGAUUCCUCGGCCGUAGACGACCUGUCAAACUGGAGCAACGAGAAGCGCAGAAAGAUUUUUGAAAUGGCCCAAGAUGAGUAUAACACCUGGGUUGUUGACGAAAACUCCAUCGUUGUACCGUACAAGCAAUACGCCUGGAGCUUCUUGGGUAUUGCGGCUACCCUCGUGAUCGGCGGGCUGGCCUUCGGAUUCAGCAUCGGCAAAAGGAUAGAAGGUGUAGAUCCUUUCAACAUCAGCGUCUUCUGCUGGGGUCUAGCGGCGUUCAUGCUUGUAUUAGUCAAGGCCGUCCGGGUCGAAUACUGGUCUUGGCAUCGUUUUCUCCGUGGGGAGGUAGCAUGCCGGUCGAUUACAGAAGUCGUGUCCGUCACAGGCAUGAAUCCGCAGGUUCUACUGGUGAUCCUACUUCGACUUGAUGAUCGCAUGUUUCUCCAGACCCGGGGUCCAUUCAACACUAUGUUCCGGCGCCACACGGAUGACCCCCAAAGUGGGUUUUCGAUCAACGUCCCGAUCAAAGCGACAACUGCAUUCGAAGGUGGACUCAUACCGGUGAUGGUGCAAGGCGAGCAGGGCCUGGGAUUGGUACUCCUGCGAGCCAACGCUUGGGCAACAUUCAACUCCGUCAAGAACCGGCAAACUUUUGAAAACGGGCUACACUGCCGCGAUGUCCUGCAUCCAGGGUCAUGGGCCCCGGAUAAAUCGGUGCCUUGUUACCGACUUUCGAGGGGUGACGUGAAGGUAGUGCGAGUGCUCGACGUGUACGGGGCGGACAGCUACCUGUACUAA